AAAACAAGGCUAAGAGUAAGGAAUGCCAAAUGAGACUGUUACAUUCAUGAAGAGCAGUAACCUGAUACUCGUAAUCGUAAAAUCCUGUGAUCUUCAAAACACUGUGCCCUGGAUCAAAACAUUCAUGCUUUGGAAAGUGAGAAUUACUGAAGUUUGGAUUGCUAUCUUGAUACUAUAAACCUGCAAUAAGUGGCAAUGUCAAGGGUUCCCACCCCACCUCCUCCUGGGGAGAUGUCCAGUGGACCUGUGGCUGAAAGCUGGUGUUACACACAGGUUAAAGUAGUAAAAUUUUCCUACAUGUGGACCAUUAAUAACUUCAGUUUUUGCCGAGAAGAAAUGGGUGAAGUUUUAAAGAGUUCUACCUUUUCAUCAGGGCCAAAUGACAAAAUGAAGUGGUGCCUGAGAGUGAAUCCAAAGGGACUAGAUGAUGAAAGCAAAGACUACCUGUCAUUAUAUUUGCUUUUAGUCAGUUGUCCAAAAAGUGAAGUCAGAGCAAAAUUCAAAUUUUCCCUGCUGAAUGCUAAAAGAGAAGAAACAAAAGCAAUGGAAAGCCAAAGAGCAUAUCGAUUUGUGCAAGGCAAGGACUGGGGUUUUAAGAAAUUUAUCCGAAGAGAUUUUUUACUAGAUGAAGCUAAUGGUCUUCUACCAGAUGACAAGCUUACGUUAUUUUGUGAGGUAAGCGUGGUCCAAGACUCAGUAAAUAUAUCAGGACAGUCUAAUACAAACACUUUGAAGGUACCUGAAUGUCGACUAGCAGAAGAUUUAGGGAAUCUCUGGGAAACAACAAGAUUUACAGAUUGCAGUUUUUAUGUAGGAGGACAAGAAUUCAAAGCUCAUAAAUCUGUCCUUGCAGCACGGUCUCCAGUUUUUAAUGCAAUGUUUGAACAUGAAAUGGAGGAAAGCAAAAAGAAUCGUGUAGAAAUAAAUGAUGUAGACCCUGAAGUUUUUAAAGAAAUGAUGAGAUUCAUUUACACAGGAAAAGCACCAAACCUUGAAAAAAUGGCCGACAAUUUGUUGGCAGCUGCAGACAAAUAUGCACUGGAACGGCUGAAGGUCAUGUGUGAGGAAGCACUCUGUAGUAACCUCUCGGUAGAAAAUGUUGCUGACAUUCUUAUCCUCGCAGAUUUGCACAGCGCUGAACAGUUAAAAGCACAAGCAAUAGACUUUAUUAACAGGUGCAGUGUUCUUAGACAACUUGGGUGUAAAGAUGGGAAAAACUGGAAUAGCAACCAAGCAACAGAUAUAAUGGAAACAGCAGGCUGGAAGUCCAUGAUCCACUCCCACCCUCACUUAGUAGCAGAGGCCUUUCGCGCACUAGCAUCUGCACAGUGUCCACAGUUUGGCAUUCCACGCAAACGGCUAAAACAGUCAUGAAAUCUUCCAUGAACUUUAGAGAAAUUGAAUUGACUCUACUCCUCCAUGUCCAGAGGUGUUUUCACAAACCAUAACAAGAGUUUUUGUUAUCCUUGUCCACAGAACAGAAGCUGAAAAAGCCUAUUGUUUGCUUUUCAGAUGGAUAAUUUAUGGUUUAAUCCUCAGCUUUAAAUUAGACUGAUUACUCUAAUUCACUGAAAGGCCUUAAAUUAUCUUCAAUGACUCUCUAGUCCAUAUAGUCUAAUGUAUCUUGAUUUUUUUAUUAUUAUUUUUUAAUGUGCCUUGUCUUUUUGACUAGGCUCUGCAGGAUUGCACUAGCUCCAUAAUGCAGUAAAGUUGAUAACUGAAGAUUAAUUUUUGAAAGGGAUCUUCCAUUAUUUUCAGAAGAAAAAGAAAUGAUUAUAGUUUGGUCCUGUGCUAACUGGAAGGUUUUAACUAGCCUCUCAUUAAAAGCGCUUGAACCAGAGGCACGCGAUGUACCCUAGACAAGUGCUAAUGUAGGGAGAGCCUGUUUACCUUCAGCAAAUGCCUACAGGCUAUUUAUGGCAAUAUACUGCUUUGAACAUAAUUUAUUUUUCAUUGUGGGGGCAAAUAUGCAAUGGUUUGGCCCAAAAAAAUGUAUUUUCAUUACAGUUUGUAAUGCUUAUUGUGUGUGUGUCAAAGCUGUCCAAAUGGUAAAAAGAAACACAGAAUAAACCUCUUGCUUGUGUUUCUUUACGGUCCAUCAUUAGUUUACAUUUAAUGCAGAACUGAAUGAGAGGCAAAGAGUUCAAUGUGAAAACAGAAUAGUAUUGUAUAUGGAAAAAAAUAUAUCCCACGUGUAUGGUUACAUAGAAAAGUAAAGGAUGCAUAGUAUGACCAAAUGUAAAUUGAAGAAAUGGGCCAAAUGGAUUCUGAAUAUGCACUUUUAAUGUGUAACUUUUGUAUGUUGUGUGGUACAUAUAUAUUUUGCUUUUGAUGAAUUAAUGAGGUACAGGUAAUUGUGGCUUAACUUUUUAGAUACAUUUUAAGAUGCCCACAGCCACAUGGGAUUUAGUUUUGUUAGAAAAGAAAGGCAUGUCUUUUUAAGACUCAAUCGAAGGUGGCUAUCGCAAGCUUUCAUAUUUAAGUAACAGAAUAUUUUUGCUUAUUUGGAAAAGGCAUGUGAAUGGUAAAAUUUUGAAGGGAUUUUUCCCAUCUUGACGUAUGCGCGCAGCUUCCAUUAACACCUACGGAGGUUAUGUACACAUCAAGAGGAAUAUUUCCCUGAAAUGUCAGAUGGUAUUUGCAAGCAGAGACUUGCUCAGUCUUGCAUUUCAGUUAUUGUACUAGCAUUGUGGAUGGUAUUGAAAUUCUGCAUAAUGUGAAAAGGAUGAAACAUUUGUAAACUGCUUGUCAUGGGCCAGUUCUUUAUUAUAUGAACCUUAGCUUUAAUACCAACAUCCUCGGUGUUUGAUAGCUUUGUUUACAAUUGGGAGGAAAAGUCUGCAGUAGUGCACACUCUAAAUGUUUCCUGAGUUAUUGCAUUGAGUUUACUGUAAUAGUGAUAAUAUGCUAUAUUUCUUUUUUUGGGAAGACUCGGGUUUAGCAGUGGGGAAUGGGAGGAGAUCUUACCUAAUUUAUAAACACAUUUGCAUAUGGGUUUUAGUUUGCCUAUUAAAAAAAAAAAACGUUAUGCAGGGAGGAGAGAGGAAGAAUUUCAGGUUGUUUACUAUCUCAAAGUCUAUCUCCAUCCUCAUUUCAUUAAGAUUCACCUGAAUUGCUCUGAACGAAAUUUUUAGAGGAAAGAGUAUAUAGUUUUAUACUUUGGCAUCCGGUAAACCAUUAGCAAAGGUAAAUUGGAAAAAAUGCCCACUAAAAUAAUAAUGCCCAGUCCAAUUAAUAAAUAACCUCUGAACAUGCAUUUUCUUACCUUCUCACUGAAUCUUUACGAUGGAUAAAGUGUAAAAUCAGAAACUUUAAUAAUACGUAAGGCAUCAAAUUAUAUAUUUAGAGACUUAUCCUUUUAUCAAUUUUAAAAUAUUUAUCUGAAAUAAGGUCUCAUAAGUGUUCUUCACGAUAAGACGUAAAGGUAAUUAUUCCCUCCAAAAUAGUGAUGUUUUUGCUGCACUGUGUAACGCGUUAGGACUAUAUAUCCUCAUACUCAUCACUGGUAAAACUUGCAGCUCUAACAUACAAAAUGACUUGAAUGUUUAAUGCUGUGAUAAUUGUCCAGUUCAGCUUGUUCUAAAGUAACAACACACAGUAAUCUAAUGGAAAGAUUAAGGACUUUUAUGAAGGCUUUUU